UACAUUUCAUUCAGAUUAGUCACACUGUGUACAUAAAAUGUUGUGAAGGACUUCGGUACAAUAAGCUUUUUCGAGGAAGCAGCUGGAUUGACUAAAACUCUUUGAUAGCACAAGUAGUGAAACUAAAAUCUAUUACACUUUUUUUUACAAUUGCCUUGUGGAACAGUUCUUGACUGAUUUAAAUGUGCAGACAAAACUUUAUAUGCAGAGUUUUUGAGUUAUUGUAUGUUUACCAGCACUCUUAAUGUUUUAUGUAUUAUUGUAUUACUAUUUAAUUCUGUGCUGGAAUAUUCUGCAGUUAAGGUAAGGUAGAGAUCCCUUUUCCUCCCUAUCUGGGUCAAGAUUUCUCUCUCUGAGUUUUGAAAAUAACGAACAACUUCAUGUAUGUCUGUAAGCAGCACUGCUACCCAAGUGCUCUUAUACCAACAGGCCUCUCCACCCAACAGUAACUUUCCACUGAGAACAAGUUGUGUUAUCACUGAAUAAUAUAAAGUGAAUAAUAUGUGUGUCUUCUAUUCUGGCACACACCCUGCCUGAGAGCUGGGUCCACACUUAGAAGUUGGUAAUAAACGUUUCAACUUUUUUUUUUGUUUAUGUAAAUUCAAAAGUUGAUUUCCACCAUAACUGGUGUACUGGCAUGAGUAUGUUUGAGAACUUUGACUUACUCUCUAUAGUUGCAUGAAACAUUAGUGCUCUGCUGACAUCAGACUUGUUAUUAUACUUGAUGAAGUUAUACAGCUAUGGGCUGACGAUGAAUUUGUUUGAUAUUCAAAAUAUGCACAUUUAUUUUGUCGGAUUAGAGAACAUUGAUCACAUUAAAAAAUCUAAAAUCUGCACCAGGGGAAAAUGUAUUGCCUUCAUAAACAAUAAGAUUGAUCAUAGUUCAUGUCAUCACGAGUCACGAGUCGUUGUGAAUAGCCUACGUUUACAAUAGAUGCUGAUCAUGGGAACAGGGAAAACUCAUGACUGAUGUGGCACAUGACACAAGAGGGGGUGGAGGCUACCUGUGAUGCCCUCUCAGACAGGGAGACACACUUGAGUUAACAGUUAGGUUGACCCCUGUGUGAGGGACCCCAUAGAUGGGUGAAGCACUUGUGUGAGGCGCUCUGGAUGGGAGAAGUACAGUUGGUGGAUGCAUGAGGAAUGACUGUGCGUGAAGCGCAAGGGUGCUCUUCCCGAAGGUUCUCACUCAUUAUGGAUGAUGGCAACAUACAUUGAAGGAAAGACUCCAUUUCCUGAAUUCACAGUCUGUAUGAUGUUGGAUGAUAUAGUAUAUGCAUACUACGACUCAAAUGAACAUAAAGUAAUACACAGAGUCAUCCGUCAGGCCUCGGACAGAAUAAUGGACACAGAGGAUAAGAAUUUUGUUAACAACUUUGUUGGAUAUGUACAUGGUGGCAUGAAAGAUCGAGCAUCUAUUAUGAAGAACUUCUUCAAUCACACAAAUGGUAUUCAUGUUUUUCAGAGAGCUGCUGGAUGUGAGCUACUGGACAAUAAUAAACCAGGAGUAAUGAUUAGUAAGGAUGCUUACAAUGGGGAGAAUGUAGAAGAACAGUAUUACGAUGUAGACCAUAAUAGUCUUCACUCAGACUGGAGGUGGCCAAAUAUGGACAGUAAAGCAUUGUCUUCUGCGGGUACCUGGCAAUACCAAAUUAUUUAUCACCCCAACUGCAUCAAAUUUCUCAAAAAACAUCUGGCCAAAAUACAGAAUCGUGUGCUGAAAAAAGUGAAGCCCAGAGUCAGGCUCCUCCAGAAGACCCUCACAGACUCUGGAGGGGCCAAAGUGACCUGCCUGGCCACUGGUUUCUACCCCCGUCACAUCAACCUGACCCUGCUCAGAGACGGCCAGCCUGUGUCUGACCACCAGAUCACUGGGGGGGAGCUGCUACCUAAUGGAGAUGAGACGUACCAGAUGAGGAAGAGCCUAGAGGUCAGCACAGAGGAACUACAGAAGCACCUGUUCACCUGCACAGCUGAACACCUCAGUCUGGACAACAAGAUCAAUAUCAACAUAGACUCUAAGCCAGAGCUCAAUGAUGUGACCUCAGUGAUUACAGUGAUUGUGGUGGUGAUAGGUGCAUGUCUGAUUGUCCUGGCAGCAGCCAUUUAUUUAAUGUGGCAACGCAAAGGAUCAAGAACAUCUCCCCAGAGCAGUUACACUAGUGCCUCUAGUAAGUAUUCAAACACAAUACUACUGCCUCCAAUAAGUAUUCAAGUUAGUUAGCUCUGUAGAACAGAAAGGGCUUUUAAUUAAACUGUGACAGGGAUCUUUCCACCGUACUUUGUGUUGUUUUGAAGUCAGCAUAACACAUUGUGUUAUUAAAGUUAAACAUUUACACAAAGUAGUGAAGAUAAGUGUCACUCUACCAUCACCUGAGCA